ACUACUAUUGCCACUUCCUCUUCCGUUAAAAACAAUGUCUACGAUAGCAAAGAAAAAUAAACAUGACUAAUCUUUUAAAUUGUAGCCACUCUAAUUAAAUUAGUACUUCAAAAUUGUAACUAUUAGUGUAUAAUAUAUUAACAGUCAUAAAUAAUGGCCUAUCAUUCCGCUAACGAUCCGGACGAAUCUUUCGAUUAUCUUUUUAAAAUAGUUCUAAUCGGUGAUGCUGGUGUAGGAAAAACUUGUGUCGUUCAACGGUUUAAAUCUGGAACUUACACAGAAAAGCAUGGCAGCACAAUAGGAGUUGAUUUCACAAUGAAAACACUCAAUAUAGAUGGAAAACUUGUUAAGCUACAAAUCUGGGACACUGCUGGUCAGGAGAGAUUUCGGACAAUAACCCAAAGCUAUUAUCGAAGUGCUAAUGGUGUUAUAAUUGCCUAUGACAUAAGCAAAAGAACAACCUUUGAAGCCAUCCCACGUUGGCUGGACGAUGUAAAAAGAUAUGCUGGCUCUAAUGUUGUGCAACUACUAGUUGGAAACAAAUGUGACCUGGACAGCCUGCGAGAAGUGAGCGCAGCAGAGGCCAAGGCCUUGGCACAUUCUCAGAGUUUUAUUGGGGCAGUUGAGACCAGCGCUAAAGAGAACACCAAUGUUGAUGACACAUUCCUUAAAAUGGCUAAAGAACUCAAAAGACGGUUUGGUGAUGAUGCAAACAUGGACCCCGGCCAACACAGCAACAUUAACUUAAACAGUCGGUCCUUGCUGGGGGGCAAAGCCUGGCUACCCUGUUGUGGGAGUGGUAGUUAGCACAUUGGCGUGUCCACUGUUCCACAGAGACAAUCUUCACCCCAAUGUGUAAGUUCUUGUAGUUUUCUAGUGUCAAAUAUCUGCUGAUGCCAACAAUCAGGGCUGUGAGGAAGGAUCGGAUUUGGAAUCAUUAACUUAUAUCUAUCAGAGAAAGGGACGGACAGUAAAAUAUCCUGCUUACAUUUGUAUUUGGAGAAAAGCAGUACAGAAAUAAAAUAAAAUUAUAAUUUGCUUGUUUCAAUUAAUUUAUUUGACAUGAAUAUUUAAUAAGAUAUUAAUAGAAUGUAUAUGCAUUUAUUAUAAUUUUUAAAUAUGAAUUUAUGAUCACUGGUUUUUGUGUGUAAAAUUAUCAAUUUUUUUUCUGAAGCGGAAUAUUUUUUUAAAGCAUAGGAACAGUAUUUUUGUAAAUGUAUUAAAACAAGACAUCAUCCUUUCUGGGGUUUUAUUCCAGUUGAAUGGAGUGAUGUUUGAACAAAUGUACCGAGGGUGUCUCUGAGUUCCCAAUUUGACUUGCAUUUACGAGAUUUUACCCAGUUAAAGACUGGUUAUCAAAAUAGGUCUAAACUGGUCUGCUGAGCUGCCAACAAAAAUCAUUAACAUUUCAGUUGAACCUUUUUUAUUUUGAAAAAGCUAAAUUAAAGGUAUCAUUCUUAAAGCUACAAAAAAAGUUAUAAAUUAAAAAAAAAUCUUUAGAUUAGUUUAGGUAUUUAACAUUUUUCAUAAUAUACAGUUAAUACAGUUGAACUAUUUCCCAGCUAGAGCUACUAAAAGGCUGUUUUAAAAUGUUGAAAAUGUUUUGAAAAAUUUGAUUUAAAAAAUAUGAUUUCAUUAUUUUAUUUAAAAAAUCGACAUAUCCAUUUAAAAAGAGGAUCACAGUUGACUUUAGUCGCCUAAAAGUUGGCAGCUCUAGGUAGCACUCAGUGUUGUACAUUCUGUAUAUUGACACACACACACAUGUAUUUUGUUAAUGUUAAUUAUGGAUAUUUGUGUUACAAUAUAAUUGGGUUAUUUUACCCUUUUUUUUUACAUAUCUUACUGUUUUCUAAUGAAGUUUGCUGCGACUUGCUUUGUAAAAGAGAAUACUCUUGCCAGAUUGGCUUUUUGUUGUUAACAUGCCAUGUUUUGUCAGUUUUUGACCAAUCUACCUGUUGAUGUGUGUAUAUGCAGAGUUUCAGUAUUGUUGCUAUUGAUAUCCUGUGGUUUAAAUUGAUGCCAUUUUACAAAAUGUAAAUUAUUAUUUUUUUUUUUUGGACAGAAUUGCUCUAUAUGUAGUCAUGUUUCUAUAGGUGCAUGUAAACCAAAUUUUAAAAAUUUACAUUAAAAGUUGCCCAAAGAUGAUGUUUUUAAAGCUUUUUCUCUUUGCUCUUUUAGAUUUGCGAUUAUUUUCCAUAUUUUUUGGAAUUUUUUUUUUCUUCUGGAUAAGGCUAACCUAUUGAUAUUUGUUGCUAUUUUAUUUAAUUAUUUCUUUUUACAUAAACUUGUUCAUGUAAAAAAAAGUUUACCUUAUUCCAUAACUUGUUGCAUGAGUUGUUUCUCAUUUUUGAUUAUAAUGUAACUUUUAAACUAACAUUUUAUUUUAGACAGAACUGUUUUUUUUUUUUAAAAUCAUGUUUUAAAACAACCUGUAUUUUAAAUUUCUAUUCUUGUUUUCUCUUAUACUUCAGACUUGCAAGUUUCUAACUUUUUGAUUCAGGUGUGUGUUUACUCUACCUUAUAUGUCUGUUGCUACACAGCCAUUUUGUUGACACUUGUUUUAGAUUUGGAAGACCAAAACCUUAUGACUAACACAGAACUAACACAGGACUUAUUUAUACAGUUGUAAUUAAGCCCAACUGCCUGUACACACAUUAGAUCACAGAAAAAACAUGACAUUGUUUUCCCCCAGACUGGACAUAUUUAAUUAUUAAGCUUAGUAUUUAAGGGGCUGUUAUGUAUUAGAUAACCCUUAUGUAUUAGAUAACCCAGAAUCCCCAUCUUCUGACCCACAACAUCUCACAUAAUAUUAAUGGUUAUAUUUAAAUUUACAUUGAGAAACCCUCUCUACAGCAUGGUGGUGCUAUGUAGGUGAUUAAAGGAGAUUUAUAUCCUUGAAAUAACUGUUGGUUAGUAAUGGCAGCCUUAAAAACUGGUGGAGCUGUACUGUUCAGUAAAAUCUCAUUAGUUAAAAACGCAAUCAUAUUUCUAGUCAACAAAUUCACUUCACAUAUUCCUUUGUGGUCCCAGGGGAGGUUAGGGCUGCAGCCACACCUCUUCAUCAGACUUUGUUUUGGGCAGCUCUCUUUAUUUGCACCCACGUAAGCCCGGCAGCCCUUGUCUCUUCUACUAUCUUCGAGGAUUUCCUUGGCCGGCAUACUUUCCUCCUCCCCUGGGGCCGGCAUACUUUCCUCCUCCCCUGGGGCCGGCAUACUUUUCUCCUCCCCUGGGGCCGGCAUACUUUCCUCCUCCCCUGGGGACGGCAUGCUUUCCUC